GGUGGACAAAAGCCCUCCCGUGAAUGACUGCGCGAACAAUAGCUCUCCCGUGAAAAUAACAGGUGUUUGGUUUUCAGAAAUUACACUGUAAAUAAAUAUAUAUAAAUUGGGAGACAUACUGGAUUCGCCGACUGAAUACGUUUGAGUCAUCAGGAAUCAAUAAACGAGACUAUUUUUUUUCUUCUUAAGAAUCCAGUUCAUGCAUAUUGUCCGCAAGCUAAAUUAUCUUUUGUAAAGUUUAACACAGUGACCUUCCAAUAAUGGUCUUUACAUGAUCGAUGCAAUUGUAUCACCUUCCUAGCGACUAUGUUUCAGUUUAUUUUUUGAUAUUGUACAGUUCACAAGUAUAGAGAUUUUGUGCUCUAUUGUGUUUACACUAUACAUGUAAUACACUCCUGAUGAAGGUAUAUCACGCCGAAAGUGCUUGGGUAUUUAUUCUUUAGCACUGUAUGAUUGUAUAUUUUUCCCAAUUUAUUGUUUUCAUCUACGUUCUUGUAUCCUUCUUGGGAUGCAAUGUUUUUGAAAGGCAUUUUGUAGAUGCAAAUAUUUUUCACAAAUCUCUCUCUCUCUCUCUCCCCCUCUCUCUCUCUCUCUCUCUCUCUCUCUCUCUCUCUCUCUCUCUCUCUCUCUCUCUUAGGGAGUGAAACUUGAGUACUUUAUCAACAAAUCGCUCGAUUAAAUGGAAAAUAAACAACUGACUAUUGAAAGUAAUUUUCUAAAAUGCUUUAAAAGGGGACAAAAAUCAUCGAUAUAAUAUCGUCAUCUUACAAUUAACAUCAUUGAAUCAUAUUGUGUUUUAAAAUCAGGUUAAAACCGUAGAUAUCAUCUGUUAAUGAAAAAAUGAGGCGUCAUUCGCGAUAUUGUUGUUUUUACUUCAUACUUAUAAGUUUUAACUUUUUUCUGAUUAGAAAGUUUGCAUUAGAACACAAUUUCGGACAUAAUUUGAUGGAUGUGGAUCUUAAUCAAUCUACUUUGAUAAAAAAAGACAUAACUGAACAAAAAUUAAAUCGGUUAUAUUUUGAGCAAAAUGUGUUUGAUGUGUCAACUGGAGAUCAACACGAAGUCCAUUCUAAAAAAAUUAUCAUGUUUUACAAUCUACCACAAUAUAUGAACAAUUUUCUUAAGACUGAUCUUUUAUAUAAAAAUUGCGAUUAUAGAAAUUGUAUGUUUACAAAAGAUGCCAAAUACGUCCAUUCUGCUGAUGCGCUUAUAUUUUAUAUUGGUAUACGAAACAAAAGAAUGGGAGUAAAACCACCUUUAACAGAGCAAAAAAGAAAUCCUAAUCAAAUUUGGAUUUUUACAUCAAAUGAACCACCAGAACAUUAUUACAAUACAGACUAUUUUCUAUCAUCAUGGAAAAAUACAUUCAAUUGGUCUAUGCUAUAUAGACUAGAUUCAGACAUACCAAAUCCCUACGGUUGUUUAUUGCUUCAGACAUAUGAGAGCAAGCGAAAUUAUGAUUUAAUCUUCCAGUCCAAAGAUAAAAAUGCUCUUUGGAUAGUCAGUCAUUGUCAUGUUUCGAGUGAGAGAAGAUUAUACGUGAACAAUAUGAUAAAAUAUGGAUUUGACGUAGAUAUAUAUGGCGGUUGUAGCUCUGACGGUUUAAAGAUAAGCAAAAAUGAACUUGAUUUAUUAAUUCCAAGAUAUAAGUACUUCUUAGCAUUUGAAAAUUCUAUUUGCAAUGAUUAUAUCUCAGAAAAAUUCUUUCAGAAUUAUAAUCACAGUUGGAUUAUUCUUGUAAGAGGGGGUGCAGACUACCAUAAAUUGCUACCAAAAGAAACGUUUAUUAACACAGCUGACUUUUUAAACGUGUCAAGUCUUGUACAAUACCUUAUUGAAGUAUCCAAUGAUAGAGAGAUAUAUGAGAAUUAUUUAAGAAAGAAAGAUCGUUUUAUAAGUUUACGAUGGCCAAGAAACAGGAAUUGUGAAAUAUGUCGUAGACUUAACAAUCUAAAUAGAUUUAAAAAAUCAUACGAAAAUGUAGGACAAUUUCUUAAUCUUGGGCAAUGUAGACGAGCUGCGGAUCUGAAAUUUAUUAAAUAAUGCGCCAUACAUAAAUAUGUUUAUUAAAUGGAUAUUUAUUUGACACAAGGUAUAAUGUGUUUUUUUAAAGAGGACCAAGCAAUUGAUUGUGUUAAUGAGUAUUGAUUAUUUUUUGUUAUUUGAAUUUGUUCUUAGUGUGAAGCAUUUCAUUUAUGUAUUAUUUUGCAAUCGCUUUUAUGCUUUGAUCUGUCAAAGGAGAGAAAAAAAUAUUUUGGUGUUUUGGGUUUUAUCCUUGAAACAAAAGCUGCGUUUAGGAUUAUGGUUAUUCAUUUCUAUUAUUCAUUUCUAUUAUUGCUAAUUUAUGAUAUAACGACCAGGUUAAGCUAUAUAUACAACAUAUACAACAUGUGCACCCUGUUAAUAUCUUAUGUUAGGGCUCAAUGGGCCCUGUAGAUACAAAUCUAUUUGGAAAUAUAAAAUAUGUUCAUCAAGAUGUGUUUGCAAAUAAACUUUGAAAACUAAGUUCAAGUUAUUUUCAUUUUUUAUCAUAAGAUUAUCAUCAGAUUAACACAAGAUAUUCUUUAUUAUUUUAAAAUCUAAUAUGCAUUAUUUUAUAAUAUAUAAGGAUAUUUGUUUGUUUGUGUGUAAGAUGAAAUUUUAUUUCAUCGAGUGGGCUUUAAAAACAGUAUUCUCACGAGUGGAGUUACAUCUUACACAACAAACAAACACAUUUUUUUUAUUUUAUGCUUAAAAAAAGGUAAAACGAAAUUUCCAUAAUAUUAACGAUGAUAUUAAAAUCUGUUUCCCCAUUGAGAGCCCCAUUUAGUCGGAAUUUCUCAUGUAAUUCACUAUCUUAGUAAUAUGUUCUUGCCUGUUGACAAUUCCAAUCAUUAAUUGCAUUUUGAAAAAAGAUAACAUUAUAUUUCCUAUAACAUCUAGGACCUUUUGUUUGUUUGUUUGGAUUUUUACGGCAAGUCAACACAUAACUGGCCAUAUCGUGACGGAUGCUAUAAUAGGCUUAAAAUGUUAUGUAAAACUUUGUAAAUGACAAUAGAAAUGAGCAAAUUAGAUCUUAGAAUGCAAGUUUAUCUCUUUCAAAUAAUCAAUUAUGUUUU